UUUACUUUGUUAUUUCCUUUAGAAAGUGAAUCAGUUGGAGGAGGUCAUAGAUCAAAAGAAUGAGAAGAUAGAGCUCCUUAGAGGCCAGCUGGACUCCAUCACAGCAUCACAAGAAGGAGGAGAUGUAGGAGCCCUGAGACGCCAGCUCUUAAAAAUGGAGCAGUCUAUGCAGGUCAAGGAUAGGUUUUGCAGUCUUUUGAGUGAUUCCGUUAAUCAGCUCCAAAAAGAGUUACAAGAUUCCAAGAAAGGAUCUGACGAGACUGACUUUGGAGUCGGACAAAAUCGGGCCGACUCUGGGAUCUCGUCACUGAGCAAAGAACACGAAGUGAAGGAAAGGAACCUUCGCAAGAUGAUAGACGAGCUCCAGGGGCAGGUGGAAAGAGAGAGAAAUGAGAAGAGAGAGGCUUUGACUCAAGCUGAUGAGAGCUGUCAGAAAUUGAUUGAGAAGCAAGCAGAGCUAGAGGGACUUCAGAGUAGACUUGAUGACAGUAAUCUGUACACUCAGACUCUAUUGCAGGAUAAGAUGGCUCUCAAGGACCAGCUAGAUAAUGCUAGACGUAACAGCGGUAACUCAUCAGAAAUUAAAGAUGUAUCGUACUAUAUGACCCAAAUGGAGAAUAAAGAUGCACAGAUAGAUAGGCUUAAGCAAAUGCUUGAAGAGGCUCAGUACAAAUAUGCACUGGCAGAGAGCAAGCGUGACAACCUUCAAGUUGGAGAUCUUGAAGAGAAAGUUAGUUUUGACGGCCUGG